AGAUGUCCACGCUCCAUCCUGAGUGACACGUAGGAGCACCAGAGCAUGGAGCUGGUGUCAGUGCAGCACGACUUCGAGUACACAGCGAAAGACGGGCGCCUUGUGUCCAUCAAACCUAACGAAAGUUACAUCCUGGUCUCCAGAACUAAUGAGCACUGGUGGCACGUACGCAAAGACCUGCACACCCGACCCUUUUAUGUCCCUGCCCAGUAUGUGAAGGAGAUCCCAACAAUUACUGAACACUCUUCUGAUAAGAUGGAUUCACCUGUGACCAAGCCACUGGAAAUGGACGAUAUAAGACGACGUAAAGGGGCCACAGUGAUUCGUGUUUGUGAUCUGGAUGCUCCAAGAGAGACAUACCGCUUCUCCACGUUUGGAUUAUGUGAGAAAAUACAAGAUGUGAAGCCCUGUGAGACUCUGGAAGGACCAAUCAGCAGCAGUUUUGCACACAGAGAGGAUGGCAUUCAGACGCAGGAUUCAACAGAAGGCUUAUCUUCUACCCCUGCACCCCUGAAUACUGACAUCCUGGAACUGUAUGCACAACAUCAUCAUGUGGCAAAGGUCAAAGCUGUACCCAAAGAGCCACUGCUGGAGGGUGAAGUCAUACAGCAACAGACUUGUUUGCAAGAUGAGGAUAUGGACUUCCCUUCACCCCCUAAGUCGCCCCUGUAUGACACCAUACCCAAGCUAAACAUCCCAGAAUUUGACACUUUUUCUGAGCUGCCUGGCCCCAUUGACUCAGAUGACACAUUCGUGUUUGAGGAGCAACAUUUGAAUCUCACUGAAGAAGCAACCUCCUGUCCAAAUGAAGCUCCCACUGAGCAGGUUGAGAAUGAAAGUCUCCGGUCAGCGGUGUACGUGAAUGUAUCACAGCUUCGCAACAGCAUCUCCGAGUCUCCUCCCUCGGCUCCCUCAUCCUACUCUCCUUCCUACCUUGACCCAGAGGGAUGGGAGGUGCACGUUGACCAAGAAAGUGGACAGGAGUACUUCUACCACCCCGCUACGGGGCGCACCACCUGGGACAGCCCCUUCCCAGACUCCCCCACAGACCCUGAGCCUCCUUGUUCCCCCUCACCUCCUCAAUCUCCCGCCCUUUCUCCGUCCUCCCCACCUGCGUGGACCUCAGACUGGGAGCAGUUAGUGGAUGAGAGCAGCGGUCAGCCCUACUUCUACAACGCCAUGUCCGGGGAAACGUCCUGGGAGCCCCCCGAGCAGCUGAGCCCGUACCCCCCCGUGAUGGAGCCCAUGAGUGUGCACAGGUUCCAUGAGGACGGACCGCCUCCUCUCCCUGAUGAGGAUUACCCCCUAGAGAAUAACCCAGCUGCUGCUCAUCCAGAGAGCAGUGAGGACCUCCUAGCCAUGGGCCCCCCCACUCUCCCUAAAGAGUACACCCUCAGUCAUGCGGGCCGGACCAUCAUCCCCCGGGCCAACCUGGACCGCAGCCCCCCGAACGGUUGGAACCUCAACGUGCAGCCCAACGGGACCUGGGUGUUCACCAGCGAACACUCCCCAGAGCAGUGGGUCAAAUCUGUGGAUGAACAAGGGCAGACCUACUACUAUCUGAGGGACGGCUCCAAGUCUCUGUGGAACCUGCCUGAGGUGCCUGUAGGUCAUUACAGAAUGGAGAACGGAGUUGAAGCAGACAAUCCGUCAGUCAUCAAAAACUGGAGACACACCAUGGGACCGGCUCAGAUGAGCGCAGCACACGAUGAUGGGAGGUGCAUGCCAACUCACAAGAGGAACACGUCCGACUACAGCAGCGACAGCUCCAGCACGGGGAACUCUCCGGAGACGCAGCAUGAUGCUUUUGGGUUUAGACCCUGGAGAAACCCCUAUUAUCUGACCUCCAGGUGGCUGCGCUAUAAUAACUUGGAGAAAGCCGGUAUCCUCAACAAAACAAAAGUGUGUGACAAUGGCAAGAAAGUUAGGAAGAACUGGGCUCAGACAUGGACAGUUCUCCACGGAGGAGUGCUGACGUUCCACAAAGAUCCAAAGUCUGCAACUAUAGGGACUUCGAUUAAAACCAAUCAGAUCGUUCCAGAGAUCACGGUGGACCUGCGAGGAGCUACCAUUGGCUGGGCCCCGAAGGAUAAAUCCAGCAAGAAGAAUGUUUUAGAGUUAAAAGGAAAGAACGGCGUAGAGUUCCUGGUACAGUACGACACAGAAAGCAUCAUCCAUGACUGGCACAAAGUCUUAGUGGACACCAUACGGCAACUGGAGUACCAGGACCAUCACUCAGAGGAUGAGGACGGGGACUUAUACGAGAAGAUUGGCGGCACAGAGCGAGACGACAAGUUAGGAGGCGGCAUUGACAAACGAAGACCCUCCAAGACGACCGUCACACACUCCUCCAGCGGUGCAGGAGACUCGGACCAGAAGAGGGUUCGGACCAAGCUGAUGAAGUUCCUCAUGAAACGGCCCACGCUGCAGUCUGUGAAGGAGAAAGGCUACAUCCGAGACAAUGUGUUUGGAUGCCAUCUGGGCACACUGUGCGCACAAGAAAGGGCCACAGUUCCUAGUUUUGUGGAGAAAUGUAUCAAAGCAGUGGAAAAGAGAGGUUUAGACAUUGACGGACUCUAUAGAGUGAGCGGGAACCUGGCUGUCAUUCAGAAACUACGCUUCAAGGCUGAUCAUGAGGAGCUGGACCUGGAGGACGGACAGUGGGAAGACGUUCACGUCAUCACCGGAGCGCUGAAGCUGUUUUUCCGAGAGCUUCCUGAGCCGCUUUUCCCCUUCAGCCACUUUAAUAAGUUCAUCGAAGCAAUCAGAAUUCCUGAUUACAACACAAAAGCGUCUUGCAUGUAUGAGCUGGUCAGGUCCCUUCCUCCUUCAAAUCAUGAUACCAUGAAACUCCUUUUUGGGCAUUUACGCAGGCUCAUUGAAUAUGGGGAGGACAAUCGCAUGACUGUGCAGAAUGUGGCUAUUGUAUUCGGUCCGACUCUCCUCCGGCCAGAGAUGGAGCUGGGCAACAUCACCAUGCACAUGGUCUUCCAGAACCAGAUAGUGGAGUUCGUCCUGAACGAGUACGAGCUGAUGUUCUAUUCCAGCUAAAGCCGCCACGAGCCUCCAGUGAAGAGCUGUACAAUCGUCUGAAUGUGCUCAAGCUUUUUGAAGUUCUAGAUUUCCUUUUUUUACAUGCACAUAAAAAGCUUCAGUGCAACGUCUAAAAUGAAACUUCUCUUGUAAAAGGGCCCUUCAAGUUUUCUUUGCUCAGAAUAUUUAAGGUUUAACCACACAAAUUAGAAAAAAUCAAUCUUCAAAUGGUCUUAGCUGAGAAUAUUUGAAGCAUUUUAAACCACAGUGUCAGGAGGCUGACGCUGUUACAACUAUCUUCGGCAGUAUUGUAGGGUUGGAAAUCCAAUGAGGUUUCCUUUCUCAGAGCUUUUUAGCUUGUUGCUUAGGUUGAAAAAGGACCGUCAUAUUGCUCUCGCUCCACUCUAGCUGUCUUAAUCUCACAAGUCACUUUCCUGAGAUUUUAUUUGUUUGUUUUUUAUUACUUGCUUGUCUAAAUCGCACCUAGAACCUACCGAAGUCAAACCUGGACGAAUGCAUUAAUGCUCUCUUAAAGAAAUGUUCAAUAAUUGCCUCCAUCUUUAUUUUUUAGAAAGUUUAAUGACAUUUAAAUCUUGUUUUAAAUUUGAAAAUACAGUUUAUCACCUAUGGCAAUAACUGAGAUUGUAUUCUAAUAUUGUAUCAUUUUUACCCAUGAAUUGUAUUGUAAUAUAGACCUGUAUAAAAAUAAAUAUUAAUAUCAACACCUUGCUGUGAAAUAGAUGGUAACAAAGAAUACUUGUGCAACUUAUAGAUUAUUUUCCAGUGAAUGAAAUCCCACUUUCCGAUCAUGUUGUUCUUUAAGAAACUGUAUGAUAACACCAUAGAAAUGUAAACUAGUGAUGCAUUCUUUGACAGUAAAAAGAUUCUCACCAUGAAAAAGAAAAGUGGAUUCUAGAAGACAUUCCUGACCUGUAAAUAGAAAUAGAAGGCAUGUUUAUGCUGAAAGUUGUUGGAAAUGCACAAUUUAUUCCAUAAUAAAAAAUAACUUUGUAAAAAAACUA